AUGCCCCGACUAUACAUGGACCUGGAUAACGCAGACGCGACAUACACAGGUAGGCGGAUUGAAUCUCGGAAGCCAGAAAAAGACCAGCUUGAGAUGGAAGACUUCGGGCCUCCAUACACGGACGUAAUUCUCAGCGAACUGCUCAGCGCAUUCGGCAGCCCUAGCGGGUGCAGCGCAGAGAACGAAGUCGCUGCCGACAACGAUUCCUCUUCGUUCCUCCCGCUCUCGGGUGAAAUUUUGGAACGGCGCGAGAACGCCCUCUCUCGGGACGCGUCAGAACCUCCUCGGCAUUCCACUCCGGUCAAGUUCGGGCAAGACGCGCGACCUACGCGCUGCCGUUCGAUUUACGGGCUCUACUUUGAGGGCAACGAAGAGAUAAGCCUCGAGUACCUCGGUCCUACCUUCCGAGGCGACUACGAUUCAGAGUCGGACAGCCUCGAGUCUACGGACGAUGCUCUGGAAGAGGAGAGCCGGGCCGAACGGAGCGUCUGCCUCGACGACGAGGAAGUGCACGCACAUACACGCCAGCUCGAAUACGAGCCACAGGAUGACCAAGCGAUUGAAACUAAUCCGUCCCCCGAAAAUGUCGAGAUCUGUAGCGACUCGAGCAAUGCAGUAAGGAACGAAGACAGCACCGACGGCACGUAUAGUGACCCGAGCUCUGCAGUAAGGAAUGAAGACAGCACCAACGGCAUCCCAUCGCAUGUUCUUGACGCUUUGCUUGUCGCAGGCGCCAGUGAGCACAUCGCUGCGGAAGCAAAAUGUGCGAGCGGAUGCUCCACUGAAGCGAGCUCCUCGGCUACUCGAAGGAAAGCUUACAGUUUCAUCCUUGUGGUAGACGGGCAAGAUGACGUCCCAAGUGUGCGCAGCGCAAUCGCCUCUUUAUUCCCGAAAGCUCGCAACGCUUCAGUCGAGGAGACAGGUGCAGAGAAACCGAAAGUAUCGGUAUACGAGUUCGAAUACGAGGUAGUGAGUGCGGAUGAACUUGAAGCCGCUUCCGCUACGGAGAAGAAGUCUCCAGACGAGGAAACACGAAACAGUAGGCUUGGAAACGAAGAAUUCGUCGAUGGACCGCCAACACACGCUCGUGAAUCGGUGCUUACGGCAGGCUGCCGUGCGCAUUACGACGGUGAAGAGUACGGGGCCGCAUGUUCCACCGAGGCGCUCUUUCCGGCAUCUGUAAAGGCUCUCCAUUGUUCGACUGGCGCUUUAUACAACGAAAACAUCUAUUUGGAGGGUGUGCGCUUCCCGGGUGCUCCAUCGCCAGCGCCAGAAGUCUGUGACAGUUCCCCUGAGCACCCUCGGAGAUAUUUAGACGGUGAGUACAUCACGAUUGCCUCGUCACCGGACGUCCAUGACAGUGCCCCCGAGCCCUCUCUAGAAGGUGAUUUGAACUUAUCGGCAUAUGAACCUCAAGAUGAACAACUGGGUGAGAACGCAACCGAAUGCAUUCAGAUUCUGGAUAACACGCCCGAAAAAGGCGAAACCCUGGACAUUGUGGUUGCAGCUGACAACUGCCGUCAGGAAUCGCUAUCACGUACUGCUGAGCCAGUUAUAAUCGCAAGCGACCAUGAGGAGGACGGGCACACAGGCACGCCUUCUUCUGAGAGAAUCUGCCCAGAAACAGUAACAGAUAGCAAUUUUUCGGCCGUAUGUUCAGGCGACAGAGAUGACGAGGACGGUGCAGGCAGUGCGGUUACCUCGUUGCCACGAAUACGCUACGGUUACGCUGAGCGCUUUCGUGAAAUUGAGUCCCUCUUCUCGACCAGUCAGCUUGAACUUGAGCCAAAUAUCGAGAAAGUAUCCGGAGCCAAUAGCGCUACCGAACAUGGCUUUCGAGACGACCAAGCCCCAAAUUCUGCGAUUGAAGACCGCAAUCAGUCAUUAUCACAGAAGUCCCUGCACGUUCAAGCUGCCCAAUCGCACAACGACGAGGAGGAAAAGUACAAAGAUACAUCUUCCACAGUGACGGUCUCUCCAGUGCCUGAAAGGUCUAGUCAAUGUUGGGCGAGAGGUUUGGAGAGCGAAGAAGACUACAGUGGUACAGGCUACAUUGUAGGCUUGUUGCCAGGAGCUCAUGACAGUCGUAUCGAGUUUUCUCGUCGAGCUGAUUCAAACUGCGCUGAUAAUCAAGCUGAAGAUGAUCUCGAGAUUAAAGAAGCAGCUGAGCGCAUUCUCGUUGCGGAAGACGAAUCUCAGGACUAUGGCACACUGAGCACAGCGAUUCAAACUCUGUCCUCUCCUCAACGCAGACCUGAAUCUCAGCCGGUUGCCGGGGCGCGAAUAGGAGCUGAGCCCUCCGAGGAUGAUGCUGAAUAUGAUCUCGAGAGUCAAGAAGCAGCUGAACACGUUCUCGUUGCGGAACACGAAUCUCGGGACUAUGGCACACUGAGCUCAGCGAUUCAAACUCUGUCCUCUCCUCAACGCAGACCUGAAUCUCAGCCGGUUGCCGGGGCGCGAAUAGGAGCUGAGCCCUCCGAGGAUGAUGCUGAAUAUGAUCUCGAGAGUCAAGAAGCAGCUGAACACGUUCUCGUUGCGGAACACGAAUCUCGGGACUAUGGCACACUGAGCUCAGCGAUUCAAACUCUGUCCUCUCCUCAACGCAGACCUGAAUCUCAGCCGGUUGCCGGGGCGCGAAUAGGAGCUGAGCCCUCCGAGGAUGAUGCUGAAUAUGAUCUCGAGAGUCAAGAAGCAGCUGAACAUGUUCUCGUUGCGGAACACGAAUCUCGGGACUAUGGCACACUGAGCUCAGCGAUUCAAACUCUGUCCUCUCCUCAACGCAGACCUGAAUCUCAGCCGGUUGCCGGGGCGCGAAUAGGAGCUGAGCCCUCCGAGGAUGAUGCUGAAUAUGAUCUCGAGAGUCAAGAAGCAGCUGAACACGUUCUCGUUGCGGAACACGAAUCUCGGGACUAUGGCACACUGAGCUCAGCGAUUCAAACUGUGUCCUCUCCUCAACGCAGACCUGAAUCUCAGCCGGUUGCCGGGGCGCGAAUAGGAACUGAGCCCUCUGAGGAUGAUGUUGAAUAUGAUCUCGAGAGUCAAGAAGCAGCUGAACACGUUCUCGUUGCGGAAGACGAAUCUCGGGACUAUGGCACACUGAGCUCAGCGAUUCAAACUCUGUCCUCUCCUCAACGCAGACCUGAAUCUCAGCCGGUUGCCGGGGCGCGAAUAGGAGCUGAGCCCUCCGAGAAUGAUGUUUCACACGACACGAUGCCGGUCAUGGUUGAUGAUACUGAAUCAAGUGAAGCUAAGAGCAUUUAUCAUAGAGACGCUUCAAAACUUUACGAAGAAGACUCGUCCAGGACACUGCUUCGUGAAUCGCUACCUCCUAAUAUCAAGGCCACUCCACAGCCCUCGGAGUCUGAGCCUGCAGCGUUGGCACCUAAGCCAGUUAAGCAGCUCACCACGGACGUCCUCGAAUGGAUCAAGACAACUUUCCCUGACUUCGCCAAGCAGAAGGCAUUUUGA